ACCACCACCACCACCACGAUUGACAAUUCCACGCACCACUCUCUCUGCGUCUCCAUCCCAAUCAUACUCCUCUUCUUCCUCUCCCUCUGCCUCUCCAGCUCUCCUCCCAAGAAGCGCCCGGCCCCGACCAUACGUUUUCCGGCGCCCCACGCGGACGGCGAGCCGCUGCUGGUCUUGCCGGAGGAGGAGCGCUACCGGGACGGGCGGGAGGAGGAGGACGCCGCUGAGUGGCACGGGCGCCUGGGGCUGUGCCACAUGCCGCUCUGGGGGACCGCGUCCGGGCCGCCGGCCGCCGAGGGCGAGGCCGCGCGCGCGCCGCCCGGGUCCAGCGGCGGCGGCGGCGUUAAGGUGAUCCGGUCGCUGCUCCCCACCCGGCGCCGCCUCCGGCUCGACCCGCCCGCCAAGCUCUACUUCCCAUAUGAACCCGGGAAGCAAGUCCGGAGCGCGGUCAGGAUCAAGAACAUCAGCAAGUCCCAUGUGGCCUUCAAGUUCCAAACCACAGCGCCAAAGAGUUGCUUCAUGAGGCCUCCCGGCGGCAUACUUGCUCCAGGGGAAAGCAUCAUUGCAACAGUGUUCAAAUUUGUGGAGCAUCCGGAGAACAAUGAGAAGCCGUUAGACCAGAAGUGCAAGGUUAAGUUCAAGAUUGUCAGCUUGAAAGUCAAGGGGCCUAUGGAGUAUGUCCCUGAAUUGUUUGAUGAGCAAAAGGACCAGGUUGCAGUCGAGCAAAUUUUGCGGGUAGUAUUCUUGGAUGCUGAGCGUCCCAGCCCACAAAUGGACAAGCUAAAGCGCCAGCUCGCUGAAGCAGAAGCCGCACUUGAGGCACGAAAGAAACCUCCAGAGGACAAUGGUCCCCGCAUUGUUGGCGAAGGCCUUGUGAUUGACGAAUGGAAGGAACGAAGAGAGAGAUACCUUGCUCGCCAGCAGAUCGAAGGUGUUGAUUCAGUGUAGACACGACGCAGCGCUGUAAACUCUGCAAAUUGAACAUACCAUUUUAUCGGAGCCAACAUACUGUCCUUUUGCAUUUGUCAAAUGGUUUUGGAGCUUAAAUUUUGUGAAGGUUCGUAUUGUAGCAAUCAAACAAGAAUGAGGCUUUGUGUAAUUAGGAUUCGAGCUUCAUGCUGUACUUCUCCCUUGGGUCUGCAUGUGUGUAGAUAACCAGUCACUGCUUGAUGAUAAUACCUUCUGUGCUAAGCCAUAUAUUUGGAAUUGUGGAACGUGGACAUGUGAAUGUGAUGCAUUCCCUUAGCUGCUGGCCUAUCAAUAUUGAAAUUGUAAUGUAAUCUCAACAGGCACUCUCCAAGGUGAUUAAUGAAAGUUCUCCUAUCAUGUUA